AUGGCUUCAAUGAAUUAUUGUUUAACUUUAUGUCAUGCAGCUGAAGAAAAAUAUAAACAAAAAACUGAACGAAAUACAUCACAACCAGUUGAUAUUCCAAAAUCAAAUUCAUCUAAUAUUGGUACUAAAUUUUUUGGACAUUUUUUUUCAUUUGGCUCAUUAUCAGCUGCAUCAGCAUCAAUGCAAAGUAAUUCAUGGCCUUCUACAUAUUCAAGUGUUACUGAUAUUGAUCCAAAUCCAUUCUAG